UCUUCCGGUUCAUAAACUCUUUUCUCUCUGCCCCAGGCGCCUAACCUAGACGUAACCUUGACACAUAAUCCAGGCCUCUUCCACAAACACAACAUUUAACAUAACUUAUACUAAAAUUUAUUGUUUUUAUGCUCUUCGUAUUCGUAAACUGGAGGAUAACUUGGGCAGUUUGUUGCGCAUGCGCCAUUUUACAUAAACGGUUGGAAACCUUUUGAGUUUCUCGGCUGCGCAUGCGCUUUGCUGUCUGUUAUUACGGAAACACCUGCUCCGUCACUGUCCAUUCUAAAAGGCAUGAAGUGAUGUAAGUAUUUGGAUAACCCAGCAGGCUCCAAAUAAACAUGCUGAGAUACGCGCUGGGCGCGUGUUUGUCUGUUUUAGUGGCAGUGCUGUUUUUUCCUCCUGACUGGUCCGUUGGUUGGGGAGGGGAAUCACAGAAGGUGGCCCCGGCGCGGCUCCUGAGCAGGAGUGCCCUGUCUCUAUACGACGGAGAAAAGGGCAGCAGGGGCCUUUACUUGGCCAUUCUGGGCCAGGUUUUUGACGUAUCCAAAGGACACAAGCAUUAUGGACCCGGGGGUGGUUAUCACUUUAUGGCAGGGAAAGAUUCCUCCUUGGCUUUCAUCACAGGAGACUUCACAGAAAGUGGCCUGACGGAUGAUGUCUCCAGUUUGUCUCCACUGGAGGUGGUGGCCCUUUAUGACUGGCUGGAUUUUUAUCACAAAGAAUACCAGCAUGUUGGGUUGGUAGUGGGACAGUUCUACGAUGAGACUGGACAGCCCACAGAGGCCCUGCUGGAGGUUGAAGCAUCACUAGCAGAGGGCCAGAAACUGAAGGCCCAAUCAGAAGCCGAGAAGAUUCGCUUUCCUCCUUGCAACUCCGAGUGGAGCUCUAGUCGGGGCAAAAGAGUCUGGUGCUCUACUAAAAGCGGUGGAGUAAAAAGAGACUGGACUGGCGUACCGCGAAAGUUCUUCUCCCCAGGUUCCGGUCAUACACGGUGCAUCUGUAUCAAAGAUCCAUCUGCAGCAGCAGAUCAUCCCAGCAUGCAGAAAUAUGAUGGCUGCCCUUCAGAUUCCGAGUCGUGCAUGGUGGGAGACGACUAAGAAAAAUGAGCCCAAUUCAUUCACAAUUACAACGAACCUUUUUUUAUAUAUAUAUGUGUAUAUCAAGCAGAAUAAAGAGAUUUUACUGCACGGUUUGUCAAUGACCUUUAUGUAAAGUUGUCCUCCCUUUCUCUAUAAGAAUACACCAGGAAGAGACGGGCUAGAUAUCUGAGCAUACAGAUACAAUACAAUGUGCAUAAAAGAUUAAACAAUGUGCAUAAAAGAUUAACAGAGGCAAGAUUUUUUUCUUUUUUAGGGUUUGUCACAAUGACAAGCACAAACUGCAUUUUAAAGUACAAAACAGUUGUAGUGGUCAAAAAAUAUCAGACAUUUAUCUGUACAAUUUAACAAUACUUAAAGAGGCCGCUCCACUUGGCCGACCCUCUACUUAGUCCACAUUCUCCCCGAUGAUCUGAAAUGUCUCGUGUUUCUGAUAAAGUGCACCUGUUAGGCUGAGAAAAUUAAGAGCGUUAAACAUCAAAAAGAUACCAGUGAUGGCAGGACAAAACAAUUCAGAAGAAGGAAUGUUAUUUGGUGAUCCAUUUCAGAACAUGAUUCAUGAUAUAACUGGUGUACAAAGGCUACAAAUGAAACGAGAAGCGUAGGCGACAUGAGAAGGAUGCGUAACUGAAGAUGACUGUCAACAGAAUGCUGCGAGUUCAUUUGAUGAAUUCGGCUCUCAGAUUCUUGAUCUUUAUUACGACUGAGUUUUAGGGCAAGGCUAGGAAAAAGAAGAAGAAAAAAACGAGAAUAAAGUCACAAUAUCGCAAGAAUAAAGUUGUGAUAUGAGAACUUAGACACACAAAAAAGGCAGCCUUGCAGCUGCAGAUGAGGAAUGUUGAGCAUCUUGUGAAGUUAUACUUUGGCAUUGGUUUUACAAAUAAGGAAAUACUUCAUUUAUUAACACAUCAACAUCAGAUUAGCAUCAGUAGCAGGCUGUGUCCCAAUAAUCUGAUGCGUCUACUAUGACCAUAUCCUAGUAAUCUUACAACUUUAUUCUUGCAUUACCACUAUGACUUUACAACUAUUCUAUUGUGACUAGUCCAACUUUAUUCUGGUUAUACGACUUUAUUCUUGUAAUUUUAUUUUUUCUUUAGUGUCCCCUAAUGCUCUGUCGUAUGUUACACUCAAUUUUCAUUUACACUGGAGAAAAAGA